AUGGAACAUACUAAUUUAAAUAGAAAUGAUGCCCAAGUUGGCAACUUUUGUGUUCAAGUGAAUGAUCCAUUGAAUUGGAACAUGGCUGCGGAGUCGCUAAAGGGUAGUCAUCUCGAUGAAGUCAAGCGUAUGGUGGAGGAAUACCGGAAACCGGUGGUCCGGCUAAGUGGGGAAACACUUACAAUAUCUCAAGUGGCGGCAAUAGCUACUCGAGACACCACGAUCGAGGUGGAGCUAGCGGAUGCCGCCAGGGCUGGCGUCAAAGCCAGCAGUGACUGGGUGAUGGAUAGUAUGAACAAAGGGACAGAUAGCUAUGGUGUAACCACAGGUUUUGGUGCAACAUCACAUAGGAGAACCAAAGAAGGUGGAGCUCUACAAAAGGAGCUAAUUAGAUUUCUGAAUGCUGGAGUAUUUGGCAAUGGAACUGAAUCAUCCCAAACUCUGCCUCAAUCUGCCACAAGGGCUUCAAUGCUUGUUAGAAUAAACACAUUGCUUCAAGGAUAUUCAGGCAUCAGAUUUGAAAUCUUGGAAGCCAUAACCAAAUUACUUAACCAUAAAAUCACCCCAUGCUUGCCCCUCAGGGGCACCAUUUCUUCAUCUGGUGAUUUAGUCCCUCUGUCCUACAUUGGCGGGCUCUUGACCGGCCGGGCUAAUUCAAAGGCAGUCGGACCUGACGGUGAACUUCUUGGUGCGUCCGAAGCAUUCCACCUUGCUGGAAUUGAUACCGGGUUCUUCGAGUUGCAGCCUAAAGAAGGACUUGCAUUAGUAAAUGGCACUGCUGUUGGUUCUGGUUUGGCUUCAAUAGUUCUGUUUGAAGCUAACAUUCUUGCUGUUUUGGCAGAAGUUUUAUCAGCAAUCUUUGCUGAAGUUAUGCUCGGGAAGCCCGAAUUUACGGAUCAUUUGACUCAUAAGUUGAAGCAUCAUCCUGGACAGAUUGAGGCUGCUGCUAUCAUGGAACACAUUCUUGAUGGAAGUUCAUAUAUUAAAGAAGCUCAAAAAAUACACGAUAUGGACCCUUUACAAAAGCCUAAACAAGAUCGUUAUGCGCUUCGUACCUCGCCCCAGUGGCUUGGCCCACAAGUCGAAGUCAUUCGGGCCGCAACAAAGUCCAUUGAAAGAGAGAUCAAUUCUGUUAAUGAUAAUCCAUUGAUUGACGUUUCAAGGAAUAAGGCAUUACAUGGAGGGAAUUUUCAAGGCACCCCUAUUGGAGUGUCAAUGGAUAACACUCGUUUAGCCAUUGCUUCAAUAGGAAAACUCAUGUUUGCACAAUUUUCUGAGAUGGUUAAUGACUUCUACAACAAUGGGUUGCCUUCGAAUCUCUCCGGGGGACGUGAUCCGAGCCUUGACUAUGGAUUCAAAGGUGCAGAAAUCGCAAUGGCUUCUUAUUGUUCCGAACUCCAAUUUCUUGCCAAUCCGGUAACCAACCAUGUGCAAAGUGCUGAGCAACAUAACCAAGAUGUCAACUCUUUGGGACUAAUUUCUUCAAGAAAAACAGCAGAAGCCGUCGAUAUAUUGAAGCUCAUGUCGUCAACUUUUCUUGUUGCUUUAUGCCAAGCCAUUGAUUUGAGGCAUUUGGAGGAGAAUUUGAAGGCCUCUGUGAAAAAUACAGUAAGUUUAAUAGCCAAGAAAGUUUUAACAAUGAACUCCAAUGGACAGCUUCAUCCUUCCAGGUAUUGUGAAAGGGACUUGUUAAAAGUGGGAGAUAGAGAGCAUGUAUUUGCCUACAUUGAUGAUCCCUGCAGUGCUACCAAUCCCUUAAUGCAAAAAUUAAGGCAAGUUCUUGUUGAUCAUGCCCUGCUGAAUGCUGAUGGGGAAAAGAAUGAGAGUACUUCAAUUUUCAAGAAAAUUAGUGUCUUUGAGGAAGAAUUGAAGGCCCUUUUGCCUACUGAAGUUGAAAAUGUUCGACUCGAGGUGGAAAAUGGUAAGCCGUCUAUUGCUAACCGGAUCAAGGACUGUAGGUCAUAUCCACUGUACAAGUUUGUGAAGGAAGAACUGGGGACUAGUUUCUUAACUGGCGAAAAGGUCCGAUCGCCAGGCGAAGAGUUUGAUAAGAACAACAUCAGCGGUGCACUCUCCGACUGCACCAAGGGAUGUUUGCCGACGUGCAUGCAGCUGAAUGGCGCCACCGAUAGCUCCUGUGAGCCAACCCUGAGCAAUACUGCCCCCAAGUUCACAGCAGUGUUAAUCUUGAUUGAAGCAUUUGACCAUCAUCAUCAAGAUAGUAGUCGUCUUUUUGUAGUUUUCCUUGUGUACCUUUUUUACAAUGUUUAUGGGAAGUUUUCUGUGUACCUUUUCUUUAAAGAUAAUAUGUUCGAAUCCUAUCAGAGGAACAUGCUGAAAAUCUGCUUGCUCAAUCUCUCUAUAUCUAAGUCCUCUUAG